GACGUUCAGGUUUUUUUUUCUUCCGGGGCGCUUCUCAUCUCCGUAGCUGUCCUCGAGGAGAGCUCCUCGAAAUUUAAAACCCUGGUUACUUGGAGACGACCAGCAGAUGAACUGCCAGUGUAACUAAAUACUCACCGGACAUUUUAGAAUCGAAACACGCUACUUUCCCCGAUUGGACUUGAUAAGAUAGUAGGCUAUAAGAAAAAAAGUCAUGAUUUGGACUGGGACCCAUUUGCCGUUACAGAAGUCACAAACGGGGGAGAGCGCCUCAGGGAGAUGAGCAGCCUGGGUUAGACUCCAAUAUCGCCUCAUUAUGCCAAAUCGACAAAAGAAGAUAAUAUUUGGCAUCGCCGGGGUGUUUAGUUUUGCCAGCGUUCUCAUCGUUGCUGCAGCCAUGGGCACGCCGUUUUGGGUAAACGGGACCGUUCUGUGUAAAACAGGAGCUCAACUAGUUAACGCGUCGGGACACGAACUAGACAAAUUUAUCGGAAGGAUAAACUACGGCCUGUUUCAUGGACAGAGAGUCAAACAGUGUGGACUAGGCGGAAGACCCUUCAGGUUUUCGUUUUUCCCAGACAUGCUGGAUUUCAUCCCAGCGAGUCUUCACGUGACGGUGAUCUUCUUCUGUGGUGUGCUACUUCUGUUCUCCUCCGUGGCGACGGCGUUCUUCAUGUUCAACGCCUUUGGGAGUCCGUACGAGACGCUGCACGGCCCGCUGGGCCUCUAUCUCUGGACCUUCGUCUGCUGCUUCUGCAGCUGCCUGGUGAUGACCCUGUUCGCGUCCGAGGUGAAGAUCAAUCACCUGUCCGACAAGAUCGCCAACUUCAACGAAGUCAACUUCGUCUACAAGACGUACACGGAGUGGUACGACCACUCCUUCUGGAUAAUCUUCCUCACCUUCCUCCUGCACUGCCUCAACUUCCUGUUGAUCCGCGUGGCCGGGAUCCAGUUUCCGUUUCAAGAGGCCAAAGACUUAGCAGUAAACACGGGCGCUGUGGAUCUCAUGUACUGACUACUGCUAC